ACAGCCGCCGCCAAAGCCUGGAGAAGUGGAAUCUCGCCGGCGCCGCUCCCUGUGAGGGACUCACGGAGCGGCACUGGGCAUGCUCAGUCGCUGGAGCUCGUCUUGGUCUCAAGUAGGAAGCUCGUGCGCUGCACCCGCAGCUGAUCCGGGCGCUCGGCGGAGGGCGGGACUGGAGCAAAGCUGCCGGGCGCUGGAGCGGAGGCGAUCGCCGCGCGCACCGCUGUGGUCAUGUAGAAGAGGAAGCCUGCAAACGUGCUUUCAAGGAGGUGGGGAAGAACCAAAGAGAACUCAAGCAAUCUGAGACUACAAGAUGAGGAGGUUGCAGAGACAGUCAAGGUUAGAGCUGCUGUGGGUGAGCUGCAGUGAUCCGUAGCCAAGCAUGCUGUGGUCGGAUCUGCCCAGCCGUGGAACAGAAACAUUUGCUGGAUGGAAAAUCCAUAAAAGAAAGCUGCUGUGAAAGCCUGAGACAGACCAUAACUUAAGCAAAAUCAGAUAUAUUUGGGCUGCUUGAACUCAUUGAGUGAUUGCUAUUAACAAGACUUUGUGGGAAAAGGAAACUUGCCUUCUGAGCUUUGUACCAAAGACCUGGGAAAACAAACCAUCUCAGUCUUUCCUGAGUACUUGGAACUGUGAGGCCCCUGCCAAUGUGCUGACUGGUCGCUAUGGGCAGACGGCACCCAGAGGCUCGCGGUCGUCCAGGCGGCUCAUAUUUCAAAUUAUAACCGAUUUCCUGCACCAUUGCUGACGUCCAGUGAUCCAUGUCAGAAGUACUUCCAGCUGACUCAGGUGUAGACACUUUGGCAGUGUUUAUGGCCAGCAGCGGAACCACAGAUGUCACGAAUCGGAGCAGCCCAGCCACACCACCAAAUACCCUUAAUCUCCGUUCCUCCCACAAUGAACUGUUGAAUGCUGAAAUAAAACAUACAGAAACUAAGAACAGCACACCUCCCAAAUGCAGGAAAAAAUAUGCAUUAACUAACAUCCAAGCAGCGAUGGGCCUCUCGGAUCCAGCUGCCCAGCCCCUACUGGGAAAUGGCUCUGCCAAUAUCAAGCUGGUGAAAAAUGGGGAGAACCAGCUCCGGAAGGCUGCAGAACAAGGGCAGCAGGACCCCAACAAAAAUGUCAGCCCCACUGCAGUCAUCAACAUAACUUCUGAGAAGUUAGAAGGUAAAGAGCCCCACCCCCAGGAUUCCUCGGGCUGUGACAUUUUACCCUCCCAACCCAGGAGAACCAAGAGCUUUCUAAAUUACUAUGCAGACCUGGAAACCUCAACCAGAGAACUAGAGCAGAACUUAGGUAGUCAGCAUGCGGUUGUGGAAGAGAAGUCCCAGCCAGGCCAGGGCCAGGCCUCCACCGUCAUUGGGAAUGGCGAUUUGCUGCUGCAGAAACCAAACAAACCCCAGUGUAGUCCUGAAGAUGGCCAAGUAGCCACAGUGUCAUCCAGCCCAGAGACCAAGAAGGAUCAUCCUAAAACAGGGGCCAAAACUGAUUGCGCACUACAUCGGAUCCAGAACCUGGCACCCAGCGAUGAGGAGUCCAGCUGGACCACACUGUCCCAGGACAGUGCUUCACCCAGCUCCCCGGAUGAAACAGGUACCCCUGGGAAAGCAGAUAUAUGGAGUGAUCACUCGUUUCAGACUGAUCCAGAUUUGCCUCCUGGCUGGAAAAGAAUCAAUGACAUUGCUGGGACCUAUUAUUGGCACAUACCAACAGGAACGACUCAGUGGGAACGCCCUGUCUCCAUCCCAGCAGAUCUUCGGAGCUCUAGGAAAGGGUCACUUAGUUCUGUAACAUCAUCUCCCACCCCAGAGAACGAGAAACAGCCAUGGAGUGAUUUUGCUGUUCUGAGUGGGGGAAAGAUUAAUAGUGACAUUUGGAAGGAUUUACAUGCAGCCACGGUUAACCCAGACCCCAGUCUAAAAGAGUUUGAAGGAGCAACACUACGCUACGCAUCUUUGAAACUCAGAAAUGCCCCACAUGCUGAUGAUGACGAUUCUUGUAGUAUCAACAGUGACCCAGAAGCCAAGUGUUUUGCGGUACGCUCUCUGGGGUGGGUAGAAAUGGCAGAGGAGGACCUCGCUCCUGGUAAAAGUAGCGUUGCUGUCAACAACUGCAUCAGGCAGCUUUCUUACUGCAAAAAUGACAUCCGGGAUACAGUCGGCAUUUGGGGAGAGGGGAAAGACAUGUACCUCAUCCUGGAGAACGACAUGCUCAGCCUGGUGGACCCCAUGGACCGCACUGUGCUCCACUCACAGCCCAUCGUGAGCAUCCGAGUGUGGGGCGUGGGCCGCGACAAUGGCCGAGAGAGAGAUUUUGCUUAUGUAGCAAGAGACAAAGACACAAGAAUUUUGAAAUGUCAUGUAUUUCGAUGUGACACACCAGCGAAAGCCAUCGCCACGAGUCUCCACGAAAUCUGUUCCAAGAUUAUGGCGGAACGGAAGAAUGCCAAAGCCCUGGCCUGCAGUUCCUUACAGGAAAGAACCAAUGUGAAUCUUGAUGUUCCCUUGCAAGUAGAUUUUCCAACACCAAAGACUGAGCUGGUGCAGAAGUUCCACGUGCAGUACUUGGGCAUGCUACCUGUAGACAAACCAGUUGGAAUAGAUACCCUGAACAAUGCCAUAGAAAGUCUUAUGACCUCAUCCAACAAGGAGGAUUGGCCAUCAGUGAACAUGAACGUGGCGGAUGCUACUGUGACUGUCAUCAGUGAAAAGAGUGAAGAGGAAGUCUUAGUGGAGUGUCGUGUGCGGUUCCUGUCCUUCAUGGGCGUCGGGAAGGAUGUCCAUACAUUUGCCUUCAUCAUGGACACUGGGAACCAGCGCUUUGAGUGCCACGUUUUCUGGUGCGAGCCUAACGCCGGAAACGUGUCUGAGGCGGUGCAGGCCGCCUGCAUGCGAAAAACAGAGGCUCAGAGGAAAGAACAGCUCCACGGCACAGAGUUGUUACGAUACCAGAAGUGCUUGGUAGCCAGGCCACCUUCCCAGAAAGUUCGACCACCUCCUCCGCCAGCAGACUCAGUGACCAGAAGAGUCACAACCAAUGUAAAACGAGGGGUCUUAUCCCUCAUUGACACUUUAAAACAGAAACGCCCUGUCACAGAAACGCCUUAGCUGCAUAUGUUAAGGGAUUCUGUAAUAUUUACCUGAAGAUUGAAUAGCUACACUAAAGAUGAACUGAUAUCUGACCUUCCAUUCAGUUGCUGAUGCUUUGUCUUCAGAGAAAUUAUCCUUAACCAAACAGUGUUAGACAAGCAUGUUCUCUCGUCUUGCCACCAUCAUGUGAUAUGAAAAGAAGCAUGACAUAUUUUGCUGUCAGUAAAUUACAUCAUGAGCAGUGGAAGGUCUUAUUGUAAAUAUCGUGAACAUUACUUCACACACACAGAGAAGAAUGUGGCCACACCCCUCCUAAUGAACUAAUGCUGAGUCCUUGGAGUGAAUGACACCUGAAUUAGUUUCACUGUCUCCUUGACUGGACCUGUCACAAGCAACUUUUAAGUCCUACAGCACUCGCCCUCUUUUCCACAUUGGAGUAGAUACUGUAUACCAGAUACCAUUGAAAUGCUGUAGAAAUAGGAUGAUGAGUUUUUUAGUUGUUCAUAAAAUUGAACCUUUUGGUUGACAAAAUUGGCUAUUGGCAUCAGUAUAGAAACCAACUGGCAGCUUUCUUUGAGCUCUUGGAUACAUGGACACCAUUUCAUGUCUAUAGCUGUUUAUGGGAUGUUGGAUAAAAAGUGAAACUUCAUAAUUGAAAAGCCAAAUUUCAGAAAUUAAAAUCAAACAAAAGUAGCCUUUCUUUUCAGAUAGUUUUCAAACUCAUUAUUUAGAGAAAGAAAGAGAGUAACAAAAUCAUAAUGCAUUUCAGGUGGGACGUAGUCAAACUUCUGCCUUAUAUUAUACAGUGCAGCUAGAGAAUUAUCGUUCACUAUAGCCAUUCUCUACAUAAACAUUAAAAUGAAAUAGUCCUCAUAAGCCUUUCAUCCUUAGUUUGAUAAUUAGCCAGUAUGCAUUUUGGAAUCGAGAAAAUGUCAUUUAUAUUUUAGAUCUUCACCACCAUGUUAUUUUGUUAGUCUACCUCCUAAACAUUCUGCUAGGAUUCUACAUCUAGUUUAAUCUUACACUAAUGCUUUUUUGCCCAGAAAGAUGUCUGUCCAUCAUGUACCGUCCAUGGCCACAAAUUACAUUAAAUUGAACCUUCCUUGAAUUUAUGUAUUUGAUAUUGGAAUUUGUUGGACUCUACUUGGUAUAUUUUUAAAUUUAUAUUUUUUCCAUUUUACGUUCAAGAUUUAAAAAUUUCCUAUCAGCAAAAUAUGCAUAAGAACAAUGGACUAUUUAACAAAUUUCCCCCAAAAUAGCACUUUCCUGUUUCUUUCUCUGUAGAUAAGAAACUUAGCUGUAAAGAUUCUGAUUUAUACCCUUGUUGACAUUAUUUUAAAAAGAAUUUGCUAAGGAGAUCAAUCUAAACAUCAGUCUUGUUUACUUUUUAAUGUCAAAAUUAACAUUUUACAAUAUCCAAUAAUAAAAGUUAACUGCUUUAUCCACUGCUAUGUACUUGUCAUAUGGUUUCCACAUUCUUAUCACAUUUGAGCCUUAUAAGGUAGAGAAGGUACUAAACACAUUUGAGAAAUAAAAAUAUGAAGUACCAAGAGGCUCAGACACCUAGCCUAAGAUGUCACAAAACAGUGAGAAAACCAGGACUAGGCCCCACACUUCCCAACUCCCAGUUAUCAGUUAUGCUGUUUGCAUACCAAUCAGAAAGUCUCUCCAAAAUUACUCUGGGCAUAGCCAGGUAUUUUUAAGAAAUCUCUAUGUAAGUAGAGAAAUAUGUUCAAAUUACUCACGCAGUGGUGUGAAUUAUAAACCCUUGCCUUCUCUCAGUCCGGGACUGUUUUUCUGCAGUGUGCCUCAAACAUGUUGUAGGGGACAGGAUUUUACAUGCAGUACAGCCUGUUCAACUCAACCAAAUUUUCCAGAGAUGAUGUUACAUGUGGUAGAAAUGUUUCUAAUUCAUGAUACUCGACCACCAGAGAACAUGAUGGAAUGAGUAGGUGGCCUCCUGACUCUGUUCCCUCUCAGAAUUAUAGAAUUGUUGCUAGCACUCUCAUGUUAUAACAAAAAAGAUGCCACUCUUGAAAUGAGUUAUACUUUUCACCAGCCUAUGUACUUCUAUCUGAAGUAACCAAUGCCAUCUUAAGAAAUUACUGCAUUUAGAAAAUCCUUACUGUGCCCUUUGAAAGCUAUUCAAAAUUCAGUCAUGAUCAUCGUUCACCUUGAUCACCACAGUGAAAUGUUUUAGUUUAAUAAACCAAAAUUAUGAAUAAUCCAUUUUUAUAUCGGAAAUGUCUACUAAAAUCCCAUUCACUUUUAAGGCUUAUGUUUGUUUUCAGGAUCAAGAAUACUGAGCUAGCUUUAAGUCGCAAACUGAUUUAUAUAUGCAAUUAAAGGACACAUUAAGAUGAAUGAUAGACUUUAAAUAUUGAAAACUUUACUGCAGAUACUUUGUUUUGAAGAUAGCUUUGCAUACUAAAUGCGAUUAAUUUUGUAAAUUAAUUAUGUUAAACAGUGUAUCCAGACACUUUCUGCCAUGGCCAAAAAGUAUGUAUGAAAAUGUGUGUAUUUUUCUGUGAAAGAAUGCCAGUGUUUUACCUGAUAUUGUAGUGGCACUUCAGUUAUCUAUGCAUUCUUUAUAUCUGUGAUUUGGUAAAUGGGCAGCCAUGUUCACUAUGCCUUGUAUGUCUUAUCAUUUUUUAAUUAACCUGUUAAAUACAGCUUAAAAUAUUUUUAUUUUAUUUAUUCUAUUUUUACUGAAAUACACUGCAUUAUUGUGUUAAUGUAUUAUCUUUACUGGAUAUUUUCUCACAAUGUAUCCAGGUCUAAGUAAUCUCAGUGAACUAUACAUUGCCUAAAAGGUGGUUUUAUAAUGAUUUGUAGUCACAUUUUUAUUGGAAUAUGUAGAAGAAAAGGCAAAAUGCUUGAAGUUUCUUUUAUUUUUUAAAAGCAGCCAGAUAGACACAACUUGCCACCUCCUAUAUGUGCUCCUUGGCAGCAUCAAGGGGAAUGGCCAACAUGACUAUGGCUUAAGUUUUUACUUUGCAAACUAAAGCACUGCUUGGUGCUUCAUUUUUAUAUCCUUCACAACACAUGUAAUCUCAUCUAAAAGACAAAUCCCCAGGCCCUUUGUUUCCAACCAUAGCUAAUUAGGACCAUUGUUUUUUGUUUGUGUCUGUCUUACUGCAUGAAGGGACAUUAGACUCAUUUCCAUUAAAAUAAGUUCUUGACGAUAAACUGUUGGCACUGCUACUUUUUUAAAAACCUACCUUAUGAUUUUAUGAUGGACAUUGGUAAGACAAUUCUACAGAAAGUCAUUUACUAAAGCCCUAAAUCUUUCCUCCUUGUAUGACGUUCAUUUCAUAAGCAUCACAACACAAAUAGAAGAUUUCAUAAACAACAUGAAAAAUAUUUCCCUGACAUCAGCAGUUUAACUAGUAAAACCAUUCGCUCUCUAAUUGACAAGCUUACUUAACCUAAUAUACAGCUAACGUGUGUUAUACAGCCAGUAAAAUGAAGUUUAUUUCAGCUUCAGGGAAGAUACUGCUCAUACUUUAUCAAUAAGAGCACUCCAAAGCAGCUUGUUUAUCCUGAAAGAACAUUUGGUUUUGCUUUCUGCCCCCUUUGCUGUUGACCACUUUUACACAUUUAAAUGUAAUAUGUUGUAAGAAUAAACUUAGCUGCAUAAA